AUGUAUCUGUAUACUGUGCUUAUUGCUCUUGCGGGUGCAGAACUUUGGUAUCACCAGGUUUUCCUACCUUAUGUUGCACCAACACUGACGUGGAUUUCUGUGGAAGGAAAAGAAGAAUACAUUGCAACGUUCAAAGGAUCUGAAUACUUCUGCUAUGAUUUAUCGCAAAAUCCCAUACAGAGUAGCAGUGAUGAAAUAACUUUGUCAUUUAAAACACUUCAGAGGAAUGGACUGAUGCUUCACACAGGAAAAUCAGCUGAUUAUGUCAAUCUUGCGCUGAAAAAUGGAGCUGUCUCCUUGGUCAUUAAUUUGGGCUCAGGGGCCUUUGAAGCACUGGUGGAACCCGUGAAUGGGAAAUUUAAUGACAAUGCCUGGCAUGAUGUCAAAGUAACAAGGAAUCUGCGUCAGCACUCAGGCAUUGGACACGCUAUGGUGACAAUAUCAGUGGAUGGAAUUCUGACCACUACGGGCUACACGCAAGAAGACUACACCAUGCUGGGAUCGGAUGACUUUUUCUAUGUUGGAGGCAGCCCUAGCACAGCAGACCUUCCAGGGUCACCAGUCAGUAACAACUUUAUGGGCUGUCUCAAAGAGGUAAAUAUCAUCAGCCAUAAAUCCAUUGCAAAAAUUCCCUCUUAUUGUCUAAAGAUGGGCAAAAAUGAAAAUGUUUCCAAGAAAAUCCCUUCCGGCUAUACCCUUUGCCUG